AUGUCCGUCCUGCGACAGGGAGGCUCGUUCCUCCAAAGACGCCUCACCAAGAUGUACACCGACACGAAAACAUCUUGUGAGAGUGUCGCGACGGCUCCAAAGGCAAGCGAUGAUCCCGAACUAGUCGCAUUGCACCGCCAGUACCGCACGCAAAAGGACAGGCUUCUGGCCUGGGGCCUCGACUGGAGCGAUUCCAAUGCCGCCCAACCGAACGAUAUCGACGAGUCGCUUACGGAAGCCGGAUUCAGUGAUGUGGUUGCCAGUGUGAUGUCGUCCAUACAAGAGAUUCUCAAUGAGGCGGAACGGUUACAACAUGGCGAUGCGCUGGCGGCCUUGCAGCGGAAAGGUGGCAGUGGUACGGACCUACCCGCCAAAGAAGAUCUUGCUUUCAAGGCGCAUUGGACAGAAGAUGACAUCAAACGCUCGUAUACGUUGCUGAACGACCUCACAUCUUGCAUCGACACCCUUUAUGACCUAUCCCAGUCGCGCCGAAACAUGUCGAUGAGUAUGGCCAUGGCCGAUCAGCCUAGCAAGGUCAAGGGUCGUUCACAGACGACACUACCGAAGGGAUCAAAAAUAUCAAGCGAUACGCUGCGUUCAAUGUCUGUCGAUUCAAAAUUACUAUCAUCCACAAGAGAUUUUGUUGAAAGCCCAGUUGGGACGAAGGAAAAGGCUACUAGGACGACCACCACUACUACAACUAGCCCGAUACAAGAGCAGAUGGCAGUAUCGAACUACCCCGGUUUUGGCUCUCACCCACCGGCUGUUCACGAAUCGAGUCGAAUAAGCCAGUUGCUAUCGGAUUCCCUUACUUCCACAAAACACCUCCUCAUCGAUCGGUCGGCCCUGCAGCUCUCCGGCGCUUCUCAUGAUCAAAGCCCGCCACCAUACGAGCAAGUUGCCGCGUCUGCAAACUCUCGAAUUAUCGGUCGUAUUCAAACAUCUGCCACGCCAUUCCUGACUAGCCUGACCAAAGAAUCCACCAUACCAAUUCUAGUCGAGUUCACGCCCAUGAUGCUAGAAUCACAGAAUUCGGUUACAAUACCCGCUGCACAUCGAAUGGACAAGCAGCACCGUGCUUUGGAUAGAUUAGUGGAGAACUCACGAGUGUCACAUCUCGGCCUAUUACGAUUCCUGGGUUAUUAUCUGGAUAUGGCCAAUUCUCGAUACGCAUUUGUCUACCAAAUGCCAGUUGAUUAUUUCCCGUUCUUGAGCAAUCCAAGCAAUCUGCUGAAAGAGCUCAAGCCAAAGACCCUAGUUUCACUCUUUCAUUCUGGGGAUGAACACCAGGAUAUUCCAGUACCGACAUUGGAAAGCCGAUUCCGUCUAGCUUACAAUCUCCUUCUGGCCGUUCUUCACUUGAGAAGUCAAAACUUCGUUCACGGAAACAUCAAUAGCAACAACAUACUUGUUUUCCCCGGUCUGAAAACUUCAAGUCAAGAUGAAAUCGGUGGCCUGAUUGAAGAUCUCCGGCGUCCAUACCUCACAUCACUUGCUCAGUUUUCCGGUAACGAUCCAACCCCGGAACCGCUUUCGUCCAGCAUGUACCGCCAUCCUGACGACAAGCGUGUCCUGGAUGAUGAAGCUGCAUGGGCCUAUGAUCUUUACUCUCUCGGCCUGGUCCUUUUGGAAAUUGGCCUGUGGGCGCCUAUCAGCCGUCUCUGGAAGAUGAAGUACAACAAUGCGAUGUUCAAACAACGAAUCGAGAAUGUUUAUAUCAAGAAACUCUCAUCAAAGUGUGGAAGUGCCUACCUUCAUGUGGUUCAACUCUGUCUCGACGCCCCGAAUUUCUUGUUAUCGACAGAGCCCAUGGCCGACCUCGGCUUGAGGGUGCCCAAUGUAUUUGCUUACCCGACCUUGGAAUUUGCAGAACCAGACAGCCAAUUCGCUUUCUCCGCCAAUUUCCUUUACACAAUGAGCAAAAUCGUAUAUCGGUGUUGUGCAAUCGACAUAUUCUCUCCUCCCCCGACGGCUGAUCUGGACGAUUGUCUACCUUUGGCUCUCGGCCGGGACUUCGAAUCAGAGCCCUUGCCAAUGCAUGGGUCACUAUACGAAACCGAGUCUGCCGUGAAACGAAGUGUGGAGAUUCAGGAAAUGCAACAUGUUCCAACUGACAGCAAAAUAGCCCACAAUUUGAGCGACUCUGUGGAGAAAAAGGUGAAAAAGCGGACACUGAAAAAGUUGACAAAUGUGGACAUUCCACAGGAGCAUCUCAAUCACUGGAACUUCUACGCUAUGCCACAACUGAGCAAGAUUCUGCACAAGAUCCUCAAGGAUUCGUCAGAGUCGUGUACUGCUUCUUUGAUGAUGACUGGUGAAAACCCGGAAAACGCCAAGACAACCAUCUGUGUAACCUGUUCAAACGUCAAGAAGGUUAGGGCAAUCUUGAAAAAGUAUUUCGAAAUCGAGCAAGGUUGGGAACUGAUUGUGCUUCGCGGCGAUGUCACGAGGUCAAAAGUCCCCAAGCGGCGACGACGCAAGCCGCACUGUUCAUCCCCAGUAAACUCAAUUGAACCUGCUUUUGCGCAAUCGGACUUGAACCCACACUACCAGCAGAAGCCGCUAUGUGGGGCAUCUAUUGGUGCAUUCAUCAAUGAAGAGCAUUUACCACCUGUUUCAUACGGAGGCGCCAUCUUGGUUGACGGCAUGCCUUUUGGAAUGACUGUUCACCACAUGCUCGAGGCUCCAAGCGACGAUGAAGACGAUGGUGACGACGACGACUUUUCCGAAGACCUGCCACGUUCAUCUGCGAACUGGAACUCGGGCAUGGCCAUGACAAACGAAGAGUUUGCAUAUACUUGGUGUGAUGACGAGCCCGAGACUCAUUUCGAAACUCAUUUUGAAAUUGAAAUCUCCGACGAUGAGGAUGAUGAGGAUGAUUCUUCGGAAGAUUACUACCUGUCAGAUGACGAUUCGUCGGACGAAGAGUAUGAUUACGACGAUGUCGCGUCGAUUGGCGACACUGCAGGUGUAGACCCAGAAGAUGAGCCGCGGUUAGUAGUCACUCAGCCUGCUAUCGACGACGUGCACGAAGAUUUCUUCCCCACGCUUGAGGAUAGGGACGAUGAGCAUCUCGCCUCCCACAGCCUCGGAUACGUCCACGCCUCAUCAGGACUACGUCGUUGGACGCGGCGAGGUAUCAAACAUGAGAUCGAUUGGGCACUGAUAUCGCUUCAUGAUGUCCGUAUGGAUGCACGAAACUUCAUUGUUGGAGGUGCAGCCCACAACAGCAACGCCAACAACCCAGGCCAAGAGAGAUUGCACGAAGCUCCAGUCCACCUUAACAAAGUCGCGAGACUCGAGGAAUUGAGCGGUCUCAACGUCCAAUGCUGCGGUCGAACAAGCGGCUAUCAGCGAGGAUCCAUCUCGCCAGCAUUGAGUCUUGUCAAAUUACAUGGACGGCAAAGUUUUUCGUCGAGUUUUGCCGUCAAUGGAAGUUUUGGAGUUCCUGGCGAUUCAGGCGCAUGGGUAUUCGAAAAAUCCACAGGACGAGUCUGCGGACACGUGCUCGCAUGGUCCGAACGAAGCCGUACAGCAUACAUUGCCCCCAUGCAGGUUCUCCUCGAAGACAUCUCUCGCACACUGGGUGCCUGCGCAGUCACACUCCCCGGCUGCCAAGACGACAACAUCUCCUCAGCCGCCGUGCCGCAAACAGUACGCGCCUACGACCAGAGACAGCAGCAACAACAACAACACCCGCUGCGCCACGGUUUUUCGCUCAUGUCUGAGCAUAUCCCCGUCGACUUGAGUCGGCUCAGCUUAACCAAUCUUGAAGAUCCGCCCGCCGCUAUGCCAAAUCGAAUGAUGAGAGGCAGUGGUGGUGCUAGCACUCGCGCUGGUGGCCGUGGUGUUGGUGUUGGUGUUGGUCGAGGUCUUCGAAAUGUCUCGACUUCGUCGUAUCGCGCUGGUCCCCAUCCGUUUAUGACGCAUACGGGCGGUAUGGAAAGACAAUUUGCUUGA